AUGUUGCUGAAUACUAUAUCAAUAAUAUUGCUUUAUUAUUCACUCAAUAAUGUGCACGGAGUGUUCGACGACGUCCACUACACUUUGUUCGGCGACUUAGCUUCAACACCAGACCUCCUGAACGACACUGCAGGUGACCUCGACAACACAACGGCAGACGACAAUGAUACACCCGAUGAACUCGACAUGGAGUUCCCUAACGUAUUCACUUUCCGCCGGACCAACCUAACCGAAGCUUUCGACAUACAGGACUAUAACCUCGUAAACGAACAAUUCACUAAUUCCUCAAAACAAAUAAGGAAUCAGACAAGAAGAUUUUCCUUCUACGAUAAAGAUGACUUAAAGUACAAGGAGAAAAUAGAAGGUUACAAAAAAGGUCUGCUGGUCAAUAUUUUAGUGCAAUUCGUAAUGCAUGCGAGGUAUGAGGUGGGCAAGGCUUUGACCCAGCGUGAUAAAGUUAGAGACGAUAAGAGAUAUAAGCUUGGGUACUUGUUCAAUCGGCUACGUAGAUUGAAGACUGACCAGCUGAAGAUGGUGGGGACAGCGUGGUAUCAGAACAGGACGUCUCAUAGGAGCCUUUUCUCCAUGAUGAGGUUCUAUGAAAGGGUUGUACAUUUCGACGUCGAUAUUAGAGAUACGUGUAACCUGGUCAAGAAAGUAUUUUCAGUAGUUGCGCCUUAUGACAUUUUCGACGACAAAAAGAAAAAGAAGAAGACAUAA